AUUAAAAGACUCGACGGAAAUAGAAUCGAAGGCAUUCUAAAAUGGCUAACCGUACAGUGAAGGAUGCGCACAGCAUCCAUGGCACCAACCCUCAAUAUCUGGUAGAGAAGAUCAUUCGAACGCGAAUCUAUGAGUCCAAGUACUGGAAAGAGGAGUGCUUUGGACUCACGGCUGAACUUGUAGUUGAUAAAGCCAUGGAGUUAAGGUUUGUGGGUGGCGUCUAUGGUGGCAACAUAAAACCAACACCCUUUCUGUGUUUAACCUUGAAGAUGCUUCAGAUUCAGCCUGAGAAGGAUAUCAUUGUAGAGUUUAUCAAAAAUGAAGAUUUCAAGUAUGUCCGCAUGUUAGGGGCACUUUACAUGAGGCUGACAGGCACUGCAAUUGAUUGCUACAAGUACUUGGAGCCUUUGUAUAAUGACUAUCGAAAAAUCAAGAGCCAGAACCGAAAUGGGGAGUUUGAAUUGAUGCAUGUAGAUGAGUUUAUUGAUGAACUAUUGCACAGUGAAAGAGUCUGUGAUAUCAUUUUGCCCCGGCUACAGAAACGCUAUGUAUUAGAGGAAGCUGAGCAACUGGAGCCUCGAGUUAGUGCUCUGGAAGAGGACAUGGACGAUGUGGAGUCCAGUGAAGAGGAAGAGGAAGAGGAUGAGAAGUUGGAAAGAGUGCCAUCACCUGAUCACCGUCGGAGAAGCUACCGAGACUUGGACAAGCCCCGUCGCUCUCCCACACUGCGCUACAGAAGGAGUAGGAGUCGGUCUCCCAGAAGGCGAAGCCGAUCUCCCAAAAGGAGAAGUUUGACCAGUCUUUUCUACAGCCCCUCCCCCCGUCGAGAAAGGCAUCGAAGCAAGAGUCCAAGACGUCACCGCAGCAGGUCCCGAGAUCGGCGGCACAGAUCCCGUUCUAAGUCCCCAGGUCAUCACCGUAGUCACAGACACAGGAGCCACUCCAAGUCUCCUGAAAGGUCUAAGAAGAGCCACAAGAAGAGCCGGAGAGGGAAUGAGUAAUGGACUCGGUUUGGUUGUAGUCCACAUGGCCUCCUGUGGAUAUGAGGGUAUCUGUCUAUGUGGAAGGCUUAAGAACUCCCCAGGCAGCUACAAGAAUAUUUUAGUUUUUUUCUUAUAAAGUUUCUCAACCUUUAUUUUUAAUGAAGGAGGUGCUGAGUUUUGUAUCUCUUUUUAAUCAUCAUUAACAUCAGUUUUUGACCGAACUAACCUUGACUGUAUUCAAACUUAUGAGGGUGGAAAGGAUCUGUAGGUUGAAGAUACGAAUGACAAGGAAAGGAUGUGGCCACCUGAUGACCCUUCUCCUUUUUAUUAAACCAGACACAUCUGUUUCCCAUUUCUCUGUCAUUUAGUUUUUGGUUUGCUGUAGUUAGAACUACUUUGAGAAUCCUGGGAUUUGUGCUGCUGCUAUUAUUCAAAGAUAUGAGUAAAACAUAGUAGCUCCUAACUUUUUUCCAGCAGCAGCAAAUGGUGAUACACAUGAAAACUGGUUAACAGUUUUGAAAGAACAGAAUGCAUUCAAAUGUUAGGCUUCUGGAUCAUUAAAGCCAGUUUCAUUGAACAGUUCAACAGAGUGGUACUUAAUACCCUUUAUACAGCCCAUUUUUUCAUAGUUCCAUUGGUUCUUGCCCACAAACUUGAAAUCCAGGUUAAGCUAUCCAGCCUUUGUCAUAUAAGCAUUGACAUUAUCCAGGACUACUCGGUAGCAGUAGGUAACAGGAUUGAAAAAGAUUUGAUGGAGAGGAAAGUAUCUAAUACUAGUCAUGGUUUUGAUCUAAAUUGCUAGACAAGAGUGCCAUUUACAAAGUAGAAAAUAUAGCAGAAAGAGAAGCUUUUAGGGGGCAGAGUAUUAGAGGAUUGUGCUAGUAAUGAAAGGGAUGCAUUCAAUUUAACAAGUUUGAGACAGCUAUGGUAUAGCUAAAAAAAAAAAAAAAAAAGCCCAUAAAGUUGGAGAUAGGCCAGAAUUGACAAUAUUUUAAGUAAUUGUGGAAUCUGUCAAUAAGACUGCACAGAGAGUGUUUAUAUCAGAAAAGCACAUGAGAACCAUAGACAACACUGGUGACAAGAAGUACUGGAAUGACCCAUUCAGAAAGACGGGAGAAUUAGGAGACAGUAAGUGAAAGAAGCCAAGGGUCAAGAACGCAGAAGCAAAGUAAGGACUAAAAAGUCGCCAUGGACAUUGAUAAUCAAGAGAUGAGAUAUUUGCUAGAAGAAUUCCUUUUACCAGUACUUAACUCCCUUAAACAAAAGUGACUGACUUCCUGCAACUGUAGUCCUAGCAGGAACUGUGAAGACCAGCUGCCCUACAGAAUCCAGUUUUUCUUGGGAAGUUAUAUCUGGUCAUAAGGUAAACAGUGCAUUCUGUUGCCUGCUCUUGAACUGAAAGAUUUCUACAGCAAUAUUAAAGCUUUUUUAAAUCUUAAUUGAGCUUUCAUAAUCUUCAGUGAUUCCUUUCAUAACACCUGAAUUAAAGAGCUCUUAUGGUUUCCGAUACAACUAUAUAGGACUACCUUUUAAAAUUAAAUAUAGCCAUCUCUACGUAAAUGUUUUGCAGUAUCCUAUCAGUUCUUUAUGAAAGUGAUUUAGAUAGAAAUGUUUCUUGGCUAAAUGACCAUGGAUCUAGUACACUCUUAAAACUUUAAAUUAGGCUGGGUGUGGUGGCUCACACCUAUAAUCCCAGCACUUUGGGAGGCUGAAGCCAGCAGAUCACAAGGUCUGAGGAUCAAGACCGUCCUGGCCAACGUGGUGAAACCCCAUCUCUACUAAAAUACAAAAAAUUAGCUGGGCGUAGUGGCACCUGCCUGUAAUCCCAGCUACUUUUGGGAGGCUGAGGCAAGAGAAUUGCUUGAACCCAGGAAGCAGAGGUUGCAGUGAGCCAAGAUCACAUCACUGCACUCCAGCCUGGCAACAGACCAAGACUCCCUAUCAAAAAUAAAACUAUCUUAAAAUACCAUUUUAAGUAAAAAUAAACACACAAAAAAGAUGCAACAAAUUUUAGUAAAAGAAAUCUCCCUAAACAUUAAAUAAAAUAUACUUGUUUAGACAUGGUAAAAUGUGAGGUACCACAGCCAACCAAUAGCAGGAAGGAGAAUGUCCCUAUUCUUUAAUUAGGAGGUAAGAGUAAAACCGUGUAGUUUUGAUAAAAUAACACAGGAGAUGGCGCUUAAGGACAAACCUUGCUGUAAGGCUGUUUCUGUCAUCUAUGUGCUUGCCUAUGAACGAAGCUUUUAAACUUUUUGACUACAGCAAACAUUUAAAAAGUUAUUUUGCAUCUUACCUCUGUAUACACGUAUCUAUAUUCUGUACUAAGACAAAUUUAAGAAAAGAAUUAUGGAAAGUGAAUUCUUGUAUUUCCUAUGUGGUAACAAUUUUUAAUACUGGAUGCAAAUAUUAACUUAUUACAUCCAAUAUUAAUAUUGGAUGCAAAUAUUUAUUGCAUCCAAAACUUGAUUGUAUUUCCAAUAAUUUGAAAUAUACUGCCUUAAAAGCUUUGCCAUAGGGCACAAUCACUUUUUAAUACUAAGAAAUAAAGGGAAAUGUGUUCCAAGGGGCAGAAGAAAUAAUGGAUUUCGUGAGAGGGAUCCAAUAUAACAAUCCAACUUAAAAUUUAUUCCUCUAAUCCCUCUUCCUGUUAUUCUUAAGUACACUGACUGAAGUUUAAGCAUUAUUUAGAAAAUUGUCAGAUUGCCCACUCCCUCGAACAGGUUAAUUUGAAAUUCUCCACAGACCCCAAAAAAAAAAAAAGACAACAGACAUGAUCUCUUAAAAACACACACACACGCGUGCGUGCAGGUUCAAAAGUGAUUAAGAGAUGGAAAAUAAGAUUGGUGGAAUUUAAAGGCCUUAUUAGAAACCACAAAACAGCACAGAGAAAAUAGGCUGAAAGAAACAAAAAAUGGAAAAUAAAGAGAAAUAUGUAGAAUAGAGAAAUAUUCUGAUGAUUUAAAAAGAAUUAAAUGGAGUCAGGAUGGUUUCAGAUCUUAUAAAAAGAAGGCAAUGAAGCAAAAAGCUCCAAAGGCUUGAGAAAAAGUGUGCCAGAAAUUUUAUACUUUGCCAAAGUUGUCUUAAAAUACAAAGGCUAUAGAUGUUCUCAAGCUUGUAAGAACUCAGAAGUACAAAUCAUGAGCCUCUGGGAAAAAAAAACUGCCCAAUAAUGAAAUUCAACUAGGCCGGGCACGGUGGCUCACGCCUGUAAUCCCACCACUUUGGGAGGCCGAGGCGGGUGGAUCACGAGGUCAAGAGAUCGAGACCAUCCUGGUCAACAAGGUGAAACCCUGUCUCUACUAAAAAUACAAAAAAAUUAGCUGGGCAUGGUGGCGCGUGCCUGUAAUCCCAGCUACUCGGGAGGCUGAGGCAGGAGAAUUGCCUGAACCCAGGAGGUGGAGGUGCAGUGAGCCGAGAUCGCGCCAUUGCACUCCAGCCUGGGUAACGAGCGAAACUCUGUCUCAAAAAAAAAAAAAAGAAAUUCAACUAAAGAAGAAAUGAAUCAAAUUAA